AUGACUUCCACACAUGAAGUGGUCAAUCCGGGAGGCGGCGGCGGCGGCGGCGAGGCGGCCGCCCUGGGCCUCAAACUGGCCACGCUCAGCCUGCUGCUGUGCGUGAGCCUGGCGGGCAACGUGCUGUUCGCGCUGCUGAUCGUGCGGGAGCGCAGCCUGCACCGCGCCCCGUACUACCUGCUGCUUGACCUGUGCCUGGCUGACGGGCUGCGCGCACUCGCCUGCCUCCCGGCCGUCAUGCUGGCCGCGCGGAGGGCCGCGGCCGCCGCAGGGGCGCCGCCGGGCGCGCUCGGCUGCAAGCUGCUCGCCUUCCUGGCCGCGCUCUUCUGCUUCCACGCCGCCUUCCUGCUGCUCGGCGUGGGCGUCACCCGCUACCUGGCCAUCGCUCACCACCGCUUCUACGCCGAGCGCCUGGCCGGCUGGCCGUGCGCCGCCAUGCUGGUGUGCGCCGCCUGGGCUCUGGCGCUGGCCGCGGCCUUCCCGCCCGUGCUGGACGGCGGCGGCGGCGACGACGAGGACGCGCCCUGCGCCCUGGAGCAGCGGCCCGACGGCGCCCCGGGCGCGCUCGGCUUCCUGCUGCUGCUGGCCGUGGUGGUGGGCGCCACGCACCUCGUCUACCUCCGCUUGCUCUUCUUCAUCCACGACCGCCGCAAGAUGCGGCCCGCGCGCCUCGUGCCCGCCGUCAGCCACGAUUGGACCUUCCACGGCCCCGGCGCCACCGGCCAGGCGGCCGCCAACUGGACGGCGGGCUUCGGCCGCGGCCCCACGCCGCCCGCGCUCGUGGGCAUCCGGCCAGCGGGGCCGGGCCGCGGCGCGCGCCGUCUCCUUGUGCUGGAAGAGUUCAAGACGGAGAAAAGGCUGUGCAAGAUGUUCUAUGCCGUCACGCUGCUCUUCCUGCUUCUCUGGGGGCCCUACGUCGUGGCCAGUUACCUGCGGGUCUUGGUGCGGCCCGGCGCCGUCUCCCAGGCCUACCUGACGGCCUCCGUGUGGCUGACCUUUGCUCAGGCCGGCAUCAAUCCCGUCGUGUGCUUCCUCUUCAAUAGGGAGCUGAGGGACUGCUUCAGGGCCCAGUUUCCCUGCUGCCAGAGCCCUCGGACCACCCAGGCCACCCACCCCUGCGACUUGAAAGGCAUCGGUCUAUGA